AUGUCUCUUACAAGUGGGUUAACUUUCCUAAAAGGUAAAGAAGUUGUUGUUGUGAAUGUGUUAAUUGCUAUCCUAGAGUGCCUGAUGCUUGGUUAUGCUUUGAAUGAUCAAGCUGGGGGACUGGUUGCUGGAGAAAAGGCUUCGAUCUGUGGAUGCAGCACUCGUGACCAUUUGUUGCAGUUCAAACAUGUCUCUUUUGUCUUCUGCAGCAUCACAGGAAGAGCUCUGGCUGCUCCUGCAACAUGGAUGGCAGCGGCAGUACUGAAUGGAUUCUACUGAAUAUGCGUUGUUGGCUGGCUUUUGAUAGCAGUUGAGCCAUCACUUCUUUCAUGCCCUGUUGCCUGGGAAGGUGUUUGUCUCCUGCACCUCCAGUACUGGAACAGAUACAUCCAUAAUGAGCAGAUGCUAUUUGAGCAAGCUGUCAUCCAGCACUCCAAGAUCUAAGCCAAACAACACAUCAAGAAGUUCUCUGGCUUUCUUCCAGGCAGGGAAGAUAUCACAGAAAUCCGCAUCCCUUCAUGUGCAGACUGGAGAUCCAUUUCUGGGCUAGACCUCUUAACAAUCGUGGAUAAGCAGCACUAUGAUUAGAGUCUCCUUCAUGUUUGGGCAGUUGAAGACUUUGUGGAUACAAAAUAUAUGAAAAUUAAUAAUAAACCAAAUUGUCUGGCUAUGGAACAUUCUGUCAAAUGA